CUGCCAGCAUCAACACUCUGUUUACCACCUGCGAUUUUCAACACUACCGUCAAGUCAACUAACAAGCAGCAUACCUGCUCGAUCUCUAAUUGAACACUUCUCAUUAUUCGCGGAUAAAUGUCAGAUCUAUACUGUCCACUCCCCCCUCGGGGCCAAGAUAUAUUUCGCUUCCGUCGCUUCUACGGAGUGAACUUCGGAUCUACCUUCACACAAGGCCCGUCCCUCCACCAAACCACCGCGCCAAACGAGCUAGAAGCACUAACAAGCUCCAUCGAAACGAAUGGACUCGAAUCCACCACCUCAACAUGGCAAUCCCACUGGCUUUCCGCCCUGCCAAACGACGAGCUGCUCUGGCUCAGAGAUACCUGCCACUGCAACACGAUCCAACUGCCCCUUGGAUUCCUCACCCUCGGUCCUCUCUUCAGCCAAGGAACCCCCUUCGAGGGCGCCCCAUCCGAGGUCUACACGCGCUGCUGGUCCGCCAUCAAGCAUCUCAUCGAGCGGUGCCACGCCCACGGAAUCGGGAUCCUGCUCAACUUCGACCUUACCACCAACGGGGUAGACCUCCGCUCCAGCCCCGAGCGCCUCGCACUCGCCCGGGACUGUAUCGCCUUCGUAGCCCAGGAGGUAACCUUCCACGCCCUGCACGGGGUGGUCGGUCUACGGAUCUCUACAUCAAAGGAGACGCCGAGGCCGGGUUCCCCCACUCUCCGCGACUGGUACGAGGAGAUCCGGAUGAUAGUCGGCGCCAUCGACGAGUUUCUGCCACUGUACAUCGGCGAUAACAGCCCCGCGGGGACCGAACUCUUCCGUGACUGCGAGACGCUGCUCCACCACCAACUACCCCAGGCCGACUCUAAACAGCCAGCACCGGCAGGAAGGGCGACCUUAAACUUACCCCCGGCGGCCCCCGGCCAUCUGCUACUCUCGCGGGACGAAGUCCAGACAAAGGCCCAGCAAGCCCGGAUCGAGCGGCCGCAGUUACUGAGGGAGGCCUUGGCGCGCCGGGAGGGAGAGGAGGAGGAAGUGAAAGGGGAGAAGGGGGAGAGGGCAAAGGAGAAAUACUGCCACCGUGCGGUCGGGCGGCAGAGUUUCGUCCACGGCUGGGAUCUGGGAUACAGCGAUGCGCUGCGGUUUUUCGAUGCCGCGGUGGAAGGGCUGGUGCCGCAGCGCGAGGGGGCGGACAGGAUCGGGGAGGUGGAGUUGUGGGCUCGUCGACGGGCAAGCGACGUUGCACGGCUGGAAGAGAACCAUCAGGCCUGGGAGUUGGGGCUUCGAUGGGGAAUUGCCGAUUUUAAUCGGUUCGUGGGCAUUUGAGCUGAUUCUUUUUGAUCCCCCUCCGCGUCGAUGUAAUGUUGCAUAUGGGUUCGUCGGGUUCCGGUGUUAUCAAAAGUGAUGUGGACUAGCUUUGAUUCGGGCAAAUGGUAGUAUACUGCUCUGUCAUCGGCCACAAAAAGUGGCUGGACAGAAGCAUGGGUACAGUACUCUU